UAACCACUGAAUGACUCAGAUUAUUCCAAGUAAAGAAAGCGAAAGCACAUAUAACAUUGGAAGAAGAUUGAUUGUCUGGUGACAAGAAGAAGAGAUUUACACCAUACACUCGUUACUCCUAAUUAGUAACUCGUAAUUAAAACAGAAUGGAAACACAACAAGAAGACCUCUGCUGUUUGAGCAAUGAAGAAAAUCGGGCUAGUCCUGAUGUCCCUCACACAGAGACAGGGAAAACCAUCCAAAUUACAGAAGACGGUCAAUAUUCUUCUGUUAAGAUGACUGUACGUGAUAUUAAGGGCAAUGGAACUGACGUAAAUAUCUAUUGUGAAAGCAACGAAGCAGAGAAAAUGCUUUCCGAUGAUAUUAUAAACUUGACGUCGCAAAACGAUGGUCUGCAAGAAACCAUUCCAGCUGCAACUUCCGAAAAGAUAGAAAUGCACGAGGAGAUAUAUACAUCGUUUGUUAAUACAGAAUUGAAUAAGAAAACCUAUGAUGUGGUAGAGAUACAGGAAGAUGUCACCGACUGUUUAAUUGUUGGGUUUAAAGAUGAAGAAACAAGGUCUGAUGAUCUUUGCGCAGACAGAUGUACAACUCCACAAGACCGAAUAACAAAAGACUCAGAAUUGUGCAAGAAAACAUAUGAUGUGGUAGAGACACAGGAAAAUGUCACCGACUGUUUAAGUUUUGGCAUAAAACAUGAAGAAACAAGGUCUGAUGAUCUUAGCGCAGACAGAGGUAAAACUCCACAAGACCAAAUAACAAAAGAAAGUCCAUGCAUUCCACCUGUAGAAAAGUUAAAAACUAAAACAAAUGAAACAAACGAGGCUAUAAUCCAAGAUGAGAAAAAGACAAUAACCGAUGGACACGAAGGAAAUCAUACUGUUGAGUUCAUGGACUUGAGGAUUAGAAAUAUAAUCAAUGACCAUGAUAUUCAGCCCACAUGUAAUCCACAAGUGAAAACAGAGAAACAGGAGGAAAAUCAACAUUCAUUAGACGUAAAUUCGAGACAUGCUGCAGAUUACAGAGAUGGAAAUACAAAUAAAUGCAAAUCAAAGGAAAUAUUGAACGCAAAUGCAAGUACUCCUCAGUUCCUUGCAGGUGAAGGUGCUUAUAUUUCUGGACCAUGUUUAGCGCAAAACCUCCAAACCUGCAAAUCGUUUUCACCAUCGCCCACUGAUAAAACAGAAGAGAACUCUCACACAGAUUCAAAGAUUUUAAAACAAAUAAAAGAAGUUGACUCAAAAUCUGUAAGAAUCGUUUUGAUUGGACAGACCGGGACUGGAAAAAGUGCAACAGGAAACACAAUUUUAGGAACAGAAAAGUUCAGCACUGAUUCUUCCUUCAUCUCGUGUACCUCAAAACCGCAGAAAGAAAGUUGCGAGUAUAAUGGACAAAUUUUGGAAGUGAUUGAUACGCCUGGUUUAUAUGACACGUCAAAAACGGAAGAAAUAGUCAAACGAGAUCUAAAACUUUGUUUAGAAAUGACAUCUCCAGGCCCUCACGUGUUUUUGAUCAUUAUAAGAGUAGGGAGAAUAACAGAGCAAGAGAAGUACACGUUGAAAUACAUGUCAGAGAUGUUUGGGGAUGAAGACUUCUUAAAUCACACAAUAUUGGUUAUAACACGAAAAGAAGACUUGGAUCCUGAACUUGAUUCGGAUGAUGAAGAUGAAGAUCACGAUGUUUCGGAUCAAUUGAAAACGUUUAUUCAGGAUUCAGAAGAUCUUACUCGGAUUGUCAAGCAAUGCGGUGACCGAUGUUUGGCUGUUUCCAACUCUGGUCUCGUUCAAAGCAACAAACGCAGAAGAGAUGCCCAUGGGAUAAUCCAGUCAGUAUAUAAGUUGAUAGAUAAAAACAAGGGGGUUUGCUACAGCAAUGAUAUGUUCAAACAGUUGGAAAGACAAAAAGAAAUUUUACGGAAGGAGGAAGAAUUAAAGAAACAGAGGUUGGCCGAAAUAUAUGAGAGGGAAGAAAAAAAGCGACAAAUGCAGAUCAAGAUUCGAAAAGAAAAUAUUCAAAAGCUGGAGAAAGAAAUUGAAAAAAUGGCAAAGGAAGACCAUAAAUCGAAAUUGGAUGAUUUAAACCAAGAUUUGAAAAAAGAGCUAGAAGAAUUAGAGGCCGAAAAUAAGGAAAAAAGUCGAAGAAGGCAGGAAAGGAUUGAACAAAUGAGAAGAGAAAUCGAAGAUCUCGAAGACGAAAGCGAGGAUUUGGAUAACGAAAUAACACGCAGUCAAAUAAAACCAGUCCAUGUAAAAUCAAGUAGUAAAAGGAAUUCUAGUUGUCGGAUAAUGUGACGUAAUGUCAUUAAAUUUGACGUCACAUUGGGUUUUAGAUGGAUGAUCAAAGGUCAAUUCAAUAUUGUCUAUCAAAGAAAAACCUAUUCAAAGUAACAAUAUGUAACGUUUGUUAAUGCAAUUGCUAACUAAUGCAUAUCUUUUCAGAUCACUAACUAAAUGAAUUUUGUGUAAUCAAAUUCUGUAAGCAUUUAUAAUGUUCAGAUUUAUCUAAGUGCAAUUAACUGGCUUGUUCCUAUCGGUAUCAUGUACUUGUUUUCAGAAAACCGACCAGAAAAGUUUGCGAGCACAUACCUGAUCAUUACAUUUAUACAUUGAAAUUUUAACAUAUAUAAAACCCCAUUCCUUCUUUGUAGUGCCUCAUGACUUCAUAUUCGAAAGCAAACAUCUGGUAUUCUUAAGUGCAUUAAAAUAUCGAGAGAAGGAUUUGCUAUGCAGACAUGGCAAAUACAAUUUAGAAAUAUUUACCAUAAGUCUUAGAACUUUUAAGGGUUGCCAAAAAAUACAGAACAAACAUUUGAACUCUGCACUGCAAAUAUCGACAUUAAUUACUUAACGAUGAUAAGAUAAUCUUAUUGUGCAUUCCCAUUAUGAUUAAUAAAACUAUUUUUGUGAAGUAAAUGUGUUUUUAGGUCAAAGUCGCCUUUAGGAGAAGUACAAUAUUUACCUAGCCAAACCGAGAAGUACAAUAUUCACCAUUGGUGAGGUGAAUAUUGUACAUCGAGGGUAGCCAGGUCAUCGUUUUCAUCGGGAAAAAACCCCAGCAAUAAUUGUUCUAUUAUAUAAUUCAGCGACGAUACGUCCGUUAUCAAGGAAGGAAAACCUUAUCAUCUCUAAGUUUCAGGCCAUUGCCAUCAAACUGAUGCGAUGUUUCAUUGGACAUCGUGAAUAAUGAUAACAAGUCGUAGCAAUUUUGAAAUUCCCAAUCUAUUUUUCGUCCAAUGUAGAAAACAAUCAAAUGUUAUAUUGACCCCUUUGAUAAGUAAUGGUGAAUAUAAUGUUUUCUUUCUCUACAAUGCUGGAUACUAGUAUCAGUCAAUCAGAGAGCUAGGAACUAAGCAUAUAAUACACACUUUUAUUUCAUUGAUUAAAUUACAUGUGUAAUGUGUCAUUGUAUCUUAUUUCUUUUUGUUGGUUAUGGAUUUUAUAUGAAUAUAUGAUAAUUUUUUUUUUCAAUUUCUGAUGUUGAUUGUGAAUUUCGUAUAUAUAUUAUUUAUAAUUAACAUAAUACAUUUUAAAGAUUUUUUAUUUGUUCUGAUUUUGUGUGCACUUGAAAAUAAAACAUCAUAGAGA